UAACCAAAAAAAAAAAAGCAAAAUCAAGAAUCAAAAUAAAGAAAUGAUGAGUAUGACUAAUAAAUAAUAAGUCAAAGUCAGUGUAUGAUAUUGGUAUGACUCUACAUAUAUGAUAUGAUUGAUUCCUUGAAAGGAAGUUGGGACAGCUGAUUGAAAGAAAAGUCACAAUAAGUUUAAUUUUUGUUCUCUCUCCUGUUUUUUCGUUUAAAUCAUAAUAAUCGCUUGAAAGCAUGGCUGGAUUUGUGUUAAAGGUUAAAACAAAGUCAGGACAGAAAGUUGUAAAUGGGCUUGUCCCACAAGAUAAAGUAGCUGCAUUGAAAUCGAAGCUAGCCGAUGUGACAGGUAUUUCUGUCGAUUCUCUUCAUGUUCUUGGUGGUUUUCCACCUAAAGCGAUCAAUCUUGAUAAUGGAUCAGCUACUAUUAUGGAUAGUGGUAUAGUUUCUGGCGAUACCCUGAUUGUUGAAGAAAAACAAGUUAUUAAUGGCGCUCAAAUAGAAACUGAAAUUGGUAGAUCUCACAUUGUUAACGAUGAAACUUUUCUUAAUACACCUGGCGUCCUCAUGAAAAUGGUUGUACCGGCAGAUAAUUCAUGUUUAUUCACUAGUGUUGGUUAUGUUCUUAAUGGAAAAGUUGAUAGUAGUUGUUCAAGUUUUAUGAGAGAAAUCAUCGCAAAUACAGUCGCCUCAGAUAUAGAGGAAUAUUCUGAAGCUUUUUUGGGUAGACCUAAUGCAGAAUAUUGCAAGUGGAUUUUAAAGCCAGAUUCGUGGGGAGGAGCAAUAGAAUUAUCUAUACUGUCGAAGUUUUAUGGAUUGGAGAUAGCUGUAAUCGAUAGUAUCAAUGCUAUUAUAAACAGGUUUGGAGAAGAUCAACAUUAUGCUCAAAGAGUAUUUCUUAUAUUUGAUGGAAUACAUUAUGAUCCACUUUACUUGGAACCACUUGAUGGUGGUUCUAUUCAAACCAUUUUUUCAACAGAAGAUGAUAGAAUGUUGUUAGAAGCUGCAGAGCUUGCAAGAGAAGUGAAGUCUAGUCGCCAAUAUACAGACAUUCAAAAAUUUAAAUUAAUGUGCUAUGUUUGCAAUAUUAAAUUAAAUGGACCAGUCGCAGCACGACAACAUGCCAGUGAAACAGGUCACAAAAGCUUUGGAGAAGUGCCUGUAUAAUGUAGUUUCAAUUUAAUCAUCUAAUAUCUGAUAAGUAUUUUUAAUCAGACUGCUAUAUAAGGCGUUCGAUAAAUUAGUCUCAAUUAGUCUGAUUUUGUCACUUAAUCAAGGCUUGAAAACAUUUUAAAACUAUACACCAAUAUUUCUCCUGUCCUAAGUACGAAUACAUACAAUGCACUCUCUAAUAGAAUUUUAUAAACAAAUAAUUAUAUGCUGGUUUUUCAUUUAAUCAAAAAAAAUUUUUUUUCAUCAAUAAUCAUACGUAAUAAUUCAAUCUUUGGUGUGCGCACGCAUGUGUUUUAUUUUCUUAUAUAUAAUAAAAUCAUUACAAAUAAAAUCAUGCAUAUUAUAUUUUUAAACAAAAAAGUCUACUUGUACAUAUUUUGAAGAAACUUCAUUUACACGUAUUUUAAACAAAAAUUUAUACAUUUUUUAUUAUCUUAUUUUUCUUAAAGUUAGGAAAUAUUAUUUCACUUAUUAUUUAAUUUAAUCCUUUGAUAGAAUAUUUGGUGAUAUUGUUAUUACAGAAAGAGAGUGAGAGAGAAAGAGGGAUAUAUUAUUUUAUUAUAAAAUUGGAUAUAUUAAUAUCAUUUAUUUUUCAAAAUGACUGAAAUUAUAGACUUUUAAUUUCAUUUAUAAUAUGUGUGAGUGUAAAAUACUCGGGGAAAAAAUUACAUUUAUUAUCUUUCGUUUAUUAGAGUAAAUAAUAUUUUGUUUAAACUUAUAUAAAAAGAGCAUAGCUUAAUUGUAUUUGCAUACACACACACAUAUUAUAUUAUUAAAAUAUAUAUUUUAUAUUUUUCUUAUAUGUCUAGCAUCUUUAGAUUAAGAAUUUGUGAUAAUCCUUAAAUACGUUGUUGUAAAAAUAAUCAUUUUUAUUAGG